AUGAAGUGGUUCACUUCGUCGUUGGUCUUGUCGGUCGCGGUGGCGGUGGCCGUCACGCAUAUGGCGCACGGGCUGCCCGCCCCCGGUAAGGCUGACGCUGCCAAGAUCCAAAAGAACAUGGCCAAGAAUAAAGCCAAGAAGACGCAGGAAGUACUCCAGUUCGGAAACCAGCAGAACAGACAGGCGGACACCAGAAACUACGCCAGAGCCGAAAAGAGACAGGCACCUGAUGAUCACCACGACCCGGAACCGGUGCCCGAGGUGAACAACGCCCUUGAACACUAUCCCCAGUCGGCCAGACACGAAAAGAUCACUGACCUCUUUUACAACCCAGAUUCCUAUGGAAUUCAAUCGCUAGACGCAGAUGACCGUUAUAAAAGGAACGCUUACCACUUCGGCUCACCGGUUAAAAGGAGUGGUUCUAGAGUAUACGGUUCUUAUUUGGACAGCGGACGUGCCAAACGCGACUUGCCUUUUGACCCCGAAGAAUUGCUGGCGUUGAUGUCCAUCCUGGAAGCAAAUAAGGCUCGAGACAAAUCCAGACGUCCCGCCCAAAGUUAUGGUCAAAGUUAUGGACAAAAUUAUGGACAAAGUUAUGGACACGACACAAUUCCGUACGAAGAAAAUGAGAUACCAGAAGAAGACGACGAAGACGAUGUCCAAGAAGUUUGGGAGGAGCGCCCCGUCGUACUGGCCCCGUCGCCGAAAGAUUUCUACAUCAACAACGAGUUCCAGCGCAAGCAGAGAGCUCAACACGGAUCCAAAAAUAAUUAUUUUCAGGGUCUAAACCACUACCAAGAAGAACCGCAGUACUAUAGAUUGUCAGAUUUCUACCGCUAUUACAACUACUAA